UUCAAGGUUUCCAUAAAAUUGAACCGAGGGACAUUAAAUCGAAUGUGAAGGGAACGCCUUUCCUUUUCUCUCUGGUCCCUUUUGGAACAUUUCCAAACGAUCACGAGAAUAAAAACAAAACAAAAGAAUAUGGUAAUAUAAUAAAAAAAAAUGACCAUCGGGCAGCUGAUCGACUAGGACUGGGAGGGUGGGUUUGGGUAUUGGAAGCAUUCUAAUCAGCUUGGAAAGGCAUUUCGAGCAGUGUGUAUUGAGAAACCGGGCAAUGCGGUGUUUGUCGCCUGCUCGUCGUCAGGCAAACUCAAUCUUUUAUGUAGAAAAGAAAGUGCCGGACACUCGGACAACACCAGCAUGGAAAGAGGCCUCUCAUUCCGUUCGAUGGGAGGAAUUUGUAGCCCACAGUGCCAGUGUGACAUGUCUUGCCCUCGGUCGAAAAUCUGGAAGAGUUAUGGUCACAGGAGGAGAAGACAAAAAAGUAAACUUAUGGGCAGUUGGCAAAUCAAAUUGCAUAAUGAGCCUAAGUGGUCAUACUGCUCCUAUAGAAUGUGUAAAAUUUGGCCAAUGCGAAGACAUCGUCUGCGCAGGUUCUACAAACGGUGCCUUAAAAAUCUGGGAUCUUGAAGCUGCCAAAAUUUUAAGGACUCUUUUGGGACACAAAGGAAACGUCAAAUGUGUUGACUUUCAUCCGUAUGGGGAUUUCAUAGCUUCCGGGUCUUCUGACAGCAGUAUUAAACUUUGGGAUAAAAGAAGAAAAGGAAGCAUAUUCACUUACAAGGGUCAUCCGAAGUCCGUAAAUUCUUUGAAAUUCAGUCCUGAUGGGCGCUGGAUCGCAUCAGGUUGUGAAGAUGGUCUGAUAAAGGUAAUUAUGCAAAAAAUUAAAUUACACUCACCGUGUUUAAAUUGCAAGAAGUCUAAAAAUGGUAUUUGGUGCGUAAAGUUCUGGGACUUAGAAAAUUACAGACUUGUGUCAAGCACGGAUGGGGACUCUGGUCCAGUACAGAAAAUAUAUUUCAGUCCAAAUGGCGCGUGCUUAUUUAGUGGUGCCCAAGACAUUCUGAAAGUGUAUGCGUGGGAGCCAAUUCGAACAUUAGACACUCUAGUCAUGGGAUGGGGACAAGUAUCCGACAUAUCAUCAUCCGAGAGUCAAUUGAUUGUUGGAGCAUUUAGUCUUACAAAUGUUUCAGUGUAUAUAAUGGACCUAAAAAAAGUACAACUCUUUGAUUCUUGGAAUAAACAGCAAACAUCUUGCAUUGUUCCUACGUUAUCAAAUGAUAGUGCGUUUGAAGACAUUGUCACGGAUUACGAAGAUGAAUCUUCACAGUUUAUUGAAAGAAUUGAUUUCUUAGACAACUGUCCUUCAAAUGUAGAGAAUGCUGAUCUAUCAAAAACACGAGUUAUAAGUGUAGAUCUUUCGACAUUUCUCCCACCUUUGGAAGAUCCUGUGACAACUCUUCAAAAUGACUUCGGCUCAAAAAACUCUCUCAACUGCACAUACAAAAUUGCGAAUGUUGAAGGAAAACCAACCUUGCUAGCUUUACCAAUGGCAGUAGCUCAUCCUUAUAACUAUGAGAAAGAUAAAAUACACCAAAACUCUACAGAAAUUUUAGUCGAGCAGGACUCACAACCAGCCAUCAAAAAUGAGUGUGUGCAAUUCCCAAAUCUUAAUAAGACAUCUGACUUUGAAGUUUUCCCUUCUGUGAGAAACAAGCCAUUUGGAAUAGAACUAGAUGAUUUCUUACCUGUAAAUGCUGAUCUAUCAAAAACACGAGUUAUAAGUGUAGAUCUUUCGACAUUUCUCCCACCUUUGGAAGAUCCGGUGACAACUCUUCAAAAUGACUUCGGCUCAAAAAACUCUCUCAACUGCACAUACAAAAUUGCGAAUGUUGAAGGAAAACCAACCUUGCUAGCUUUACCAAUGGCAGUAGCUCAUCCUUAUAACUAUGAGAAAGAUAAAAUACACCAAAACUCUACAGAAAUUUUAGUCGAGCAGGACUCACAACCAGCCAUCAAAAAUGAGUGUGUGCAAUUCCCAAAUCUUAAUAAGACAUCUGACUUUGAAGUUUUCCCUUCUGUGAGAAACAAGCCAUUUGGAAUAGAACUAGAUGAUUUCUUACCUAGAAGUUUGUUGCAGCCCACUAAAGGUAGUUAUAACUCAUUAGAAAUAUCCGAUGCAGAGGCCAUAUCAUCCAUAUAUAGAGGGCAUGAUUCUAUGGUGAAAGUAUUGGGACAUCGUAAAAUAUACUUGCAAACAGUUUUGAGGACGUGGAGGACUGAAGGCUCAGUAGCUAGUUUGACGUCUGCUGUACAUAUAAGUGACUCUGCUGUCCUUGUAGAUAUUCUUACCUUGCUUGUUACAAAACCAACUGCCUGGACGUUAGAUAUUUGCCAACUUCUUUUGCCAGUAAUCUGUGACUUGUUGAAAAGCAAAUAUGAAACAUAUAUCGUUAUUGGGUGCAUGUCUUUGAAAUUAAUAGUGAAGAAUUUUGCUCAGGUCAUAAAGUUCAAUAUGUCUUCUCAUAAAGGUAUAGGAAUUGACAUAUCACGAGAAGAGAGACAUAAGAAAUGUCGAGUAUGCUUCAACCACUUAAUGUCUUUGAGAUCUUUGGUACUUCAGAGGCAAUCAACGGAGGGACCCAUUGGAAAAUUAUUUACGGAACUAUAUGAGCUACUUAAAGUACUAGAACGAUAAAUUAAUUAAUUUUGAACAGAGAGGAACUAAUUCAAGUGUAAUUGUGAGAUAUAUUUGUAAUACAAGUUUUUAAUGGUACUCUAUUGAAAGUAAAAUUAUACUUGAUAUGUUGUUUUUAUAAUAAAACGAAUGUCUAGCAUG